AUGCAUUUCUCACGGACGAUUCUGGCAGUCCCAGUGCUAGGUCUGCUUUCAUUGACAGUUCUCGCUGUUCCAAAUCGUGUCAAACUUCCUCGAGGGCGCCCGGAUAACCAUACAUUGAAUCGGGAGAGAGCAGAUGCUGUGAAGGAGGCCUUUACGUUUUCUUGGGAUGGCUACCAAAAAUACGCAAUGGGUCAUGAUGAAUUGCAUCCAAUUUCUAAUUCUUACAGCGACUCAAGGAACUCUUGGGGAGCAAGUGCCGUGGAUGCGUUUAGCACAGCCAUAGUGAUGCAAAUCCCAGAGAUCGUAGACACCAUCUUAAACUACAUUCCUACUAUCGAUUUCGAUGUGACUACCGACCAGGUCUCGCUUUUCGAAACCACAAUCCGAUACCUUGGGGGGAUGUUGUCAGGAUAUGACUUGCUCAAGGGGCCUCUGCCAACCCUUGCUUCAAAUGCUACAGCUGUCGAUGUUGUGCUAGCUCAAGCGAUACGCCUUGCCGACAACCUAGCAUUUGCUUUUGAUACACCGACUGGUAUCCCAAGUAAUGGUUUGUACUUCAACCCUCCAGGAACCGAUAAUUCAACUACGAAUGGCAUAGCUACCAUUGGCACACUGGUUCUUGAGUGGACUCGUCUUUCGGAUAUUACUGGCAACAAAACGUAUGCAGAGCUGUCUCAAAAAGGCGAAUCAUACCUCCUGGCCCCCAAACCAGCUAGCUCAGAGCCAUGGCCGGGACUGGUUGGCACGAAUGUUGACAUCAACACGGGUCUCUUUCAAGAUGCUUUCGGGGGAUGGGUUGGCGGCGAUGAUAGUUUUUACGAAUACUUGAUCAAGAUGUACGUCUACGAUACCACACGCUUCAGCGAAUACAGGGACCGCUGGAUUUUGGCCGCAGAUUCAUCCAUUGCUCAUAUCGCGACCCACCCUUCCACACGCCCGGAUUUAACAUUCUUAUCCAUCUUUGACGGACAGGAGCUUAUCCAUGAGUCUGAGCAUCUUGCCUGCUUCGAUGGCGGAUCUUUCAUCCUCGGCGGCCUCACUCUCAAAGAACAGAAAUACAUUGAUUUUGGCCUGGAGCUCGUCAACGGCUGCCACGAUACCUACAUUAGUACCCUUACAGGCAUCGGCCCCGAGAUCUUCCGCUGGGUCACCAACAGCACUGCCGCCAAUGACACGAACAAUCCGCAACCACCGGCUGACCAACAAGCUUUCUACGAAAAGGCCGGUUUCUUCAUUACCAACGGCCAAUAUGUCCUUCGUCCAGAAGUGAUGGAGAGUUUCUAUUACGCCUACAGGGCGACGGGCGACCAGCAAUACAGGGACUGGGCAUGGAAUGCUUUUGUAGCAAUCAACUCGACAGCUCGUGUAGGCAGCGGAUUUGCAGAACUGCAAGAUGUAAAUGCGGCGGAUGGAGGUGGUUUCAAUGACUUCCAGGACAGCUUCUGGUUUGCCGAGGUGCUAAAGUAUAGCUACUUGAUUCAUGCUCCAGACAGCGUGUUCCAGGUUGAAAAUCAAGGUGUCAACCAAUUCGUUUUCAACACGGAGGCGCAUCCAUUUAAGGUUGUUGGCCCGCCUAUUUGA